AUGCCCGGGAAUUAUGAGCUUCAGCAACGACCUAGUCGUGCCUCCGCCAAUGACAGUCGGAGAAGGGAGUGGACGGGACCGUUGGUCAGUGGAAGUCGAGAGGGUGCGGAGGAUGGGGUGGUCGAGAAGGAAAAGGGUGUUAGGGCGAUUCAAAAGUUGUCCACAAAUGGCGGGCUCUGGACCCUCCUCCCGGUCCGCUUUAUGCUUUGGACCAACGACGUGAUCUCACUUCCACCCCCUAAACUUGUCUUCCUACGCAACGUACCUGCUCCGCGCGCAUUUACAAUGGCCAAUCUCCCCAACUUGCGCCGCCUCUUUGUCGAGGCCCGAACGGAGGUCGAGGAGAAUGAGUACUCCCGAACAGCGUUCUACAACCUCGUCCUUUUCAUCUCAUCAGUCGCUGUCUUCAGCCUUGCUGCUCAGCGCAUGAGCGGUCACAAGGCCGCCCGAUGA